GAUUUUCCUUUGAAAUCAUCCACCCUAAGUACCAUGCAUGACUUUCCCUGUUGUUAUUAACGUUUAUACAUAUAACUAGCGUUUACGUCUGCCUCUUACCUGUGUCGGAUACAUAGUCUCAAGCGCUCUUUGACCCACUGGUCGAUGUUGACCUUUUGCCCCUAUUCUGAGUAAACGUAAAUGUUUUACCAAAGUUAACGUGCUGGUGCUUCAACGGUGUCAGUACAACAUUAUAAACCUUACGAAUUAGACCCAUAGCCGGCUAACUAGUGCCAUGUAGAAUCACAAACUCCUAUGUCAACGUAGUUAAGAAGACGACCAAAGGACCGUCGGACGAGUCCAAGUCGAAAUCAUGGGACUGAUCCAGGUUAUACACCCGUCCCUGGAAGAGUUGGACUACACCCAGCUGUCCGUCCAGGCAUCUGUUAUAGGAGGAACCAUCUUGUUCUUCCUGGUGUUCCAAGUGCUGACCCGUCUGGUGGCCAGUCGUACGGAGGUGUACAGACGUCUGGAUACGGCUGGGGAUAAGGUGGGCUGGGUCCGGGCCAUUUUGGGGCUGUUCUUCGGUGCUGUCUCCACGGCGGCGGGAAUAUGGACAAUCUUCUGGGACGACUCCGUCAGCACUGAUAUCGCCAUGGCAACCACACCCACGGGGCGUUUCGCGGUGCUCUUCUCAGUUGGUUUCUCAAUCUUUGAAUUGAUACAGCUCGCCACGAUGUCCCUCAGACGCCGUGUGUUCUACCCCAUCGUGUUCCUCCACCACACCUGGCUCACCGCCCUCCUGACGCAGGUGCUCUGGUGCGACCGUCUGUACCACCUCACCGUGGCGGGGCUCACCAUGGAGAUCAUCUUACCGUUCGACAGGAUCAGCUGGCUUCUGCUCAAAGCCGGGAUGAGGAACACUCGCAUUUGGGAAUGGAACCAGCUUCUUCUCAUCCACACCUUCUCCCUCCGGAACAUGGUGGAAUGCUACAUGUGGUUCCACACCUACAGGAACUGGCGCCGGAUCUGGUGUGUGACGCCCCUGCCGCUGCUCUGUCUCGUGUACGGCGGGCUGGUUCUCACCACGUUCUGGAUGACGCCAUUUUGGUGGAUCGAGAGCAUCCGGAGGUAUUCUGUCACCUUCAGUGCAAGAAGGAACCUACGCGGUAAUAACAUCGCUAGCCGCAAAAAGAUACAGUAAACAUAUGUUAAGAUAA